UUCUGCUACGAGAACAUCGGGGAAUGUUGUUUGAGCGUCAGUAUAAAGAAACGUGUAACCGGCACUUUUCGGACAAAAAGACAGUGCGUGAUUGUCCUAUGCGAAUGAAUAUAUCUUGACAAUAUUUCUUUGUGAAGUACGAGCGUUGCCACAAAAGUUCGAGAACGUUUCUUUCACUUUGGCGGUUGGCCACGGAGAGAAUAAGGGUCCAUAACCUUAAAGAAAACACUCAGGACCACGUGAAUUGACUUGGCCGAAACUGACUGAGGGAAAACAAUUAUAUACGGAGUAAAGAGUGUACACACGAAGAAGAAAUGUCGGGAACAUUUUUAAAACUUUCUGGACAAAGAUCAACAUAUAGCUGGCUUCAACAGUGCCAUGUGGCACAUGUAUAUAAAAAUGUCAGAGGUGUACAUAUAUAUAGCGCAGCCCAAUACUGUGUCUCUGUCAAAGAUAAAAAUGAACAUUUAUCUCAGGCAAACGAUUUUGAAUACAAAAAUAUGAGAACUAAAAGUUUACAUGCAAAUGUUAGAUGGAACAAAUUCACAGAGCAAAAUCUUGAUAGAUUUGAAGAGAAGCAUGAUAAAUCUUACAGGAUUAAUAAGGAAAUCUUCAGUCAAAAAAGAAUAGAACGCUUGUACCCAGAAGCAAAAUCUUCUUUGACAUCUAUUUAUACGAUAGUAGGUCAUGAAUUUAAUGACCAAAAUGUUUUAACUUGGAGUAUGAAGAACAUUACUGUAAAUAGAGCUAAAGUAUGGGAAGUUACUCUUAAUGUUAAAUGGCCAGAAAAUAUGACCUUUAAAGAAAUUGCUAAAACCAAAGUGCUCGCUUUCAAAAAUACAUCUUGGAAGUGCUUACAAUGGUUAGAAACAAAUGGCAAAUUAAAAAACGGCAAACCAAUAAUCUACGAUAAGACGGAAUUCAAGAACAUGAGAUCACAGCCUGUUGAAUUAAAUGUUAUUCCUAAAAUUUUAAGCAAUAUGACAGACUUAAUUAAGACUUAUAACAUGGAAAUACAUAGUAUAGCAUUGAAAAAUACUUUCAAUGUACAAAAUGCACUGCAUCAGACUACGUCCAACUUCCAUCCAAUACUUGAAGAAAAUGUUUCCGAGGAUGUUCUUCUUCGCAAUAAAAUUUUGAAAGAUAGACUUAUGGAAAGAGGUACUGAUGACGCUGUCACUUUACCAAUCCACGAGUUCAAGAAUGAAAUUCUCUCCAAACUGGAAAAUAAUCGAGUUAUAUUGAUAGAAGGUGAUACGGGUUGUGGUAAAACUACACAAGUCCCUCAAUUUAUAUUCGAUUCUUUCGCGCAGAACGGGAAUGCCACAGAUUGCAAUAUAUUGGUGUCGCAGCCUCGUAGAAUUUCGGCGAUCUCUCUAGCAGAUCGUAUCGCACACGAAAGAAAAGAAACGGUAGGAGACGUCGUAGGUUUUCAUGUGAGACUUGAACAAGUAUUACCGAAGGGACUCGGUGCGAUACUUUUUUGCACUACUGGUAUAUUACUGAGAAAACUACAGAGUAAUCCCACUUUACAAGGAUGCUCGCACGUCAUUUUAGACGAGGCGCACGAACGCCAGAUCGAUACUGAUAUGCUAAUGAUUUUACUCAAGAGAGCCUUGCAAAAAAAUCCCAAUUUAAAAGUACUGAUAAUGUCGGCAACUAUAAACACGCAUAUGUUUCAACAAUAUUUCGAUUGUCCCACUGUGCGAGUGCCUGGUAGAUUGUAUCCCGUAAAGAUGCAUUUCAUGGAGGAUAUCGAACACCUACCGAGAAUCGAAAACUAUAGGACGUAUGAAGUCAUGAGACGCCACGAUGAUGAUCCUGAACAGGUUUCGAUUGAUUAUGCGAAAGUUGUACAGCUUAUAAAAUGGAUCUCAAUGCAUAAGCCGCCUGGUGCUAUUUUGUGCUUCUUACCAGGAUGGAAUGAAAUCAUGAAGGUGCAAAGUAUGCUCGAGGAUACAUCGCUAUAUAAGGGAGAGCAUUUGAUUUUGCCCAUGCAUUCCAAAGUAUCGCAUAAUGAACAGCGUAAAAUAUUCGAACGUACACCGGCGGAUGUGCGGAAAAUUAUUUUGUCUACGGACAUUGCUGAAACGGGCAUUACGGUUAGCGAUGUGGUUUACGUUGUGGAUUCUGUUAUACGAAAGGAAAAACGAUGGGAUGAUAACAAAAAUUUACCCUUGAUAAGCAAUUGUUGGAUCUCUCGAGCAAACGUUCAACAGAGGAAAGGGAGAGCUGGACGAGUUAAACCUGGUGAAAGUUAUCAUUUUAUUUCAAAAAGAGAAUACGAAAAAUUAGAGGCGCAUCCAAUACCGCAGUUGUUAUGCAAUCCGCUAGAAAAAGUAAUUCUUGAUAGUAAAACGUAUACGGAUGAGAAGGCGGAGGAAUUUUUCGGUGCAUUUCUAGAACCGCCUACUCCAACUGCAAUACGGAAAUCUGUAAGGUCUUUAGUAGAUCUCGGAAUUAUAGAUGAUAAGGAGAACCUUACGGCUCUAGGUAAACGACUAGCAUUAUUUCCAACGUAUCCCACAUUCAGUAAGGCCAUCGUAUAUUCUUCCAUCUUUAACUGCUUGCAUCCUGUGAUAACGAUAGCCAGUGUUUUCUCCGGCGAAGACAAUCUUUUUUAUAAUGUACUAAAUGAGAAACAACAAAUCAGAGAUAAUAAAAGAUUAUACCAUCCGUCUAGCGAUCAUAUAGCAAUGGCGUGGUUAUAUAAACAAUGGGCCACAUAUAAUGAAAAGAGUCCACAUUUAAUAACAAAAUUUUGUAGAGAUAUGAGGCUCCGGCCGCUCAGAAUACAAAUACUGAGUCAAAUACGAAAUACAUUUAUUCAGCAAUUGAUGCAUUGUCGCCUGUUGAACAAGGAUGCAUCGUAUUACGAUUACAAUCAAUCCAACUUUCUAGCAAAUAAAUUUGAAAAUAACGAUGAACUAGUACGAGCUAUAUUAUAUUCUGCUACGCAACAAUUGAUAGAACAUAAAGACAUAGGAUUUAAGAACGGAGUCCUAAGGAAGGGCAUUAAUGAACUCCGAACACAAGGUCGCGUAAAAGCUGUAAUCUCGGGGGAAAGUGUCAAUUACAAGCGAAAAGUUUGGCCAACUUCGUUCUUAACAUAUUUUAAUGCUGCACACUGUGAAGUAAGACGUAGUACGGUGAUUCGUGAAACAAGUAUGAUAUCACCUUUGACAGUAUUACUUUUUAAUCAACGAGAGGCUCGAUGUUAUGAGCUUGAUGAUAACAGAACAGAAAUUGUGAUUAAUGUUAAUGCACAACAUACUGUAAGAUUUGUUUGUAACAAAGAAACUGCUAAUGUGCUCUUAAAGUUUAGAGAUAUUUUGUGGUCUGUAAUACAGUACUUAUUGGAGACACAAGGAUUCGUUGAAUAUAAAAAUGAUCCUAAUUCAGAGAAAGUACUUGAGUACAAAGAGAAAUUACUUGAAACUCUUGUAGAGACUUUGCACAUGUCGUCUAAAUCCAUAGAAAAUGCAGACAAAAUCUCUUUAGCUUAAAUAUAUGCAAUAUGAAUGUGUGCAUAAUAAUAAUCUUAAAACAAUAACGCUAUUUUAAUUAACAGAGUCACCAGUGUUUUAAUUUUAUUGUUAUGUACCUGUUAUAUGUAUAUUUAUGUGUAAAUAUGAAACCGGAAAUAAUGUAUGCGUAGACAGCAUUACGCAUAUAUAUUUGAUAGAGUUAAAAGAUAAAUAAUAAAUUAUAUAAUUAAUAAAUAAAAUGUUUUUCUUUAUCAAUGAG